AUGUAUAAUGAAGAUGAUGUAUUAUUAGGACGUACUCUUAAAGGUGUUUUUAAAAAUAUUAAAUAUUUAGAAUCAAAAUCAAGAUCUUCAGUAUGGGGUAAGGAUUCUUGGAAAAAAAUCGUGGUUUGUAUUGUCAGUGACGGUCGUACUAAAAUCAAUGAACGUGCUCAAGCACUUUUAGCCGGUCUUGGUGUUUAUCAAGAAGGGUUAGCUAAAAGUAUGGUUGAUGACAAAAAGGUGCAAGCUCAUAUUUAUGAAUAUACCACUAGGGUUGGUAUUUCUUGUGUUGAUGAUGAAACUGUUAAAUUAACCACUGAAAAAAUCGUCCCAGUACAGAUGUUGUUUUGUUUAAAAGAAACUAAUGCAAAAAAGAUUAAUUCUCAUAGAUGGUGUUUCCAAGCUAUUGGACAAGUCUUGGAUCCAAAAAUUGUUGUGUUAUUAGAUUGUGGUACACAACCUUCUGGAAAAUCUCUUUAUAAAUUAUGGAAAGAAUUUGAUCGUGAUCACCGUGUUGCUGGUGCCUGUGGGGAAAUCACCGCAUCCUUAAAGAAGAGACAAAUGAUUACUAAUCCAAUUGUUUAUGGUCAAAAUUUUGAAUAUAAAAUUUCAAAUAUUUUGGAUAAACCAACUGAAUCAGUGUUUGGAUUUAUUUCCGUUUUACCUGGUGCUUUCUCAGCUUAUAGAUAUGUUGCAUUACAAAAUGAUGUUAAUGGAAUUGGCCCGCUAGAAAAAUACUUCAAGGGUGAAUUCUUGCAUAGUAGUGGGGAAUUAGAUCCAAAUGACGAUGAAUAUGAAAUGAAACGAGCCAUGAUGAAAGAAGAAGCGGGUAUCUUUACUUCGAAUAUGUACUUGGCCGAAGAUCGUAUUUUGUGUUUCGAAUUGGUUGCAAAAAGAGGGUGUAAUUGGUUAUUGAGAUAUUGUAAAUCUGCCUCAGCAGAAACUGAUGUCCCUGAUAAAUUGGCUGAAUUUAUUCUUCAGCGUAGAAGAUGGUUGAAUGGGUCGUUUUUCGCCGCCAUUUAUGCCUUGGUUCAUUUUGCCAAGGUUUGGAGAAGUUCCCAUUCAUUUGGAAGAAAGAUUUUUCUUCAUAUUGAGUUCUUUUAUCAAUUUAUUAAUCUUGUUGUUUCAUGGUUUUCAAUCGGGUCUUAUUUCCUUGUGUUUAGAAUUUUGACUACUUCAUUGGGUGAUCCUGAUUUGAAUUUUGCUCCUGGUAAUAUUCUUUCCGUGGUGUUCUUGUGGCUUUACUUGUUAUCAUUGGUUACUACAUUUGUUUUGAGUUUUGGUAAUAAACCAAAAGGUACUGAACGAUUUUAUGUUGUGAUUGUGGUUUUCUUUGCAAUACUUAUGGCUUAUAUGAUUUUUGCAGCCGUAUUUAUGGCCGUACAUGCAGUCCAGGGAAUAUAUGACAAUAAAACGCAAAUCACGGUGAGUUUAUUCUUUCAGAAUGCCGAAUUUAGAAAUUUGGUGGUUGCAACUGCAUCAACAUAUGCCUUGUAUUUCCUUGCAUCGUUCUUAUAUUUUGAACCAUGGCAUAUGUUUACUUCAUUCUUGCAAUACAUCUUGUUGUCACCAUCCUAUAUCAAUGUGCUUAAUAUCUAUGCAUUCUGUAAUAUAGAUGAUGUUUCCUGGGGUACUAAAGGUGACACAGGCGGUGCUAGUUUGGGUGAAGCUAAAUUAAGAGAGGAUGGUACUUUCGAUGUCAGUGUGCCUAUUCUUAAGGAAGAAAUUAAUCAAUCAUAUCUUAAUCAAUUAGAAAAGAUUCGUGAUCCUGCUCCUAAGAAUGAUAAACCAGCAGAAAUAAGUAAUGAAGACUAUUAUGCUUAUGUCAGAUCCAUGACUGUGUUAAUUUGGAUGAUUUCUAACUUCGUGGUUGUAGCCUUGGUGUUACAAACUGGUGGGUUUAAUCAAUUUGAAAAGAUUGAUCAUUUACAAGAUUCCAAGACGUUCAGAGCAAGAGUUUUCCUUACGGUUAUCUUAUGGACCGUGGCAUUCAUGGCCUUGUUUAGAUUCCUUGGAUGUGUUGGGUAUUUGAUAACGAGAUUAGGAAGAAGAAUGAAACCAAGUGAGCAUGCUACCAAGCUAUAG